AUGAAGGAGAAGAGUAGUGUAAAACUGAUUCACCCAUCGACUGUGGCCCCGGAACCAAGUCGUGACGGCCAACAUGUCGAUCCUCAUCUAGUUCAAGAGGGCAUCAACUUCUAUCCCCUCCAAAGCCGUUGGUCCCCGGCUUUCACCCCAUCGGUUGGAAACUUCCCUCCCGGACUCCGAAGUCCCGACUUCAUUGACUCCGGCUCGACUGACGGGCGUUCGGCCACUGAAUCCUCAAGCUCCUCCAUAUCUGACGGCUUCAGCUCUGGAUCCGAGUCUGAAUCCAGCACCCCGGCUUCGGCACCUCCAUCAAUCCCAAACUCCUCGGCGUUCCCAUCUCCAUCCUCUUCGGAUCUCCGCUCGGUUCCGCCCUCGGAGAUAUUCUACGCCAAUCGACCAAGACCACAACCUGUCGCCACUGGGUCUGGUAACUCCUACGAUGACCCAAUGGUUGUCGACGACGAUUCCGCCUCCGGUUCCGAUCCGGACUCAGUUCCCUUCGGCCCCACCACCGAGUGGGGAUCCACCAAUCAAACGGCUCCUCCAGCUACCCCUGUCAAUCCCGAUCCAUCGGCUCGAGAGAUGAUGGCGUUCGACUACCGCGCCAUCCGGGACCAACUAGUCGGCUCCAAUCCGUUGCCGUUUGGUACCCAAGUAUAUCGAGAGGAAGACCUUCUCUUCCUAUUUCAGAAUGUCGCCAACAAUUUCAUACACUUGUCCAAUAAGUACCCCGCCUCGACUCUCGGCGAAAUCGAGGAUCGUGUUCAAUUCUAUCAGAACCUGCAAUGGGUUUUCACCGCUGACCGUCAGGUUUUCCUGGCCACCCACUGCGGCUAUCCCUAG